AAAGUCUCACCUUAAUCAAAGCGAUGCGAACCGUACUCAAGCUAAAUCAUAUAACACUUUCUCCCUAAAACGAUUAUUUAAAUUAGCACUUCACUUCAACAAGUCUUUAUUUGAGAUUGCAAUUUGAUUGCAAUGUAGUUUAUAGUUAGUUUGAAAUACGUAAAAAAAAUAUUGAAUUGUCGGCCUAUGGCUCGAGAUUGUUGAUUUUGACAGAUUAUGUUUGAAGUCAAUCAACAAAUGACGGAUGAUGUUGUAUCAUCAUGGUAUUUUGCACAGAGGAUUUUUUUGUUGAAGCAUCGAGAAGCAGGAAUCGCUAAAAUAUGAUUAAAUUUAUCUAUGGAUUUAAGACACUUACAAUUUUUGUAGAUUUGUACAUAGCAUAGAAUAUAUAUUGAAACAUGGAGGAUGAAAUAGAAGAAGUAGAGGCGCGCCCUUCGAGUGCGCGACGUAAUUUAACGCUAAGAAACAAUGCUGCUAGGCAGGUCGCCGUUAACUUCAUGCCCUCGCGACAACUACCCUACAACACAUUAAGACUUCGAAGGAAUAAUUCCGAGCACAAUGCAUUAUUGGAAGAGAUUGAUUCUGCCGACACCGACGCGCCUGAUGCUGUCGACAAGCAAGCAGACAUCAUCGUCAGGGAAAUGGAACAGCAUAAACGGCUCAUGGAGGACGACCCUGGUGCUGAGGAGUUGAGAAGGGAAGCCCUAAGAGAUCUCCCACAAGGGCUGACGAUGAAGAGGAAUGUGCGUGCCAAACUGUCUGCCUCAGUCAGCCUUCGGUCCAAGCGACGGCCCAUCUCGAUGUGGAAGCGGAUGAAGUAUCGAAUUAGUUUUACAUGGAAACGGAUCCGCGACCGCUGUCGUGACGUGGUUUUUUCCUUCGAGUUCUGGUACGAACCUAUCCGCCAGAUCGAAGGUCACUUCGGCUCAGCAGUGGGUUCCUAUUUCUACUUCCUGCGCUGGCUAUUCGCGCUGAACCUGCUUCUGUCCAUCCUCAUCACUGCCUUCGUCAUCAUACCCCAAGCACUCCACGAUGUGGAGACAGCUAAUAGUGCUAAGUUAUCGUUUCUGGAUUUUAUUACUGGAAUGGGCGGGCUGACGGACUCCCUCAUGUACUACGGGCACUACCACUCGGGUGAGGUCCGCGCGCAGUCCUCCCUCACGUACAACAUGCCUUUCGCCUACUUCUUCACCAUGGUCUGUCUGUACCUCUUGUUCUUCGGUAUACUCUGCUACAGGACAGCGUACUCAUACCGGCUGAAUUUCAUCGAGACGUCGGGCGGACUGAGCCAUGUGUUCGCUAAUAAAGUAUUCUGCGGAUGGGAUUUCGGAGUCGUCACGCCGGAGGCCGCCAAACUUAACGCCAACAGUCUUUAUAACGAGUUUAAGGAGCUUCUGAACGAGCAGAACAGGAAGAAAGCGUCGUCAUGGUGGUUGGUGCGUGCGGGUCAGUACUUGUGCAACGUGACGGUGUGGGUGUUCUCGGCGGCGCUGGUGCUGGGCGCGGCGGCGGCGCUGUGGGCGCUGUGUGCGUGGCGCGGCCCGCGCUGCCCGCUACUCGUCACCGCCGCGCUCGCCGCCGCACUCAUUCUCUGCCCGCUCAUGUUCCACGUGCUCGUCAAGCUAGAGUUCUACAACCCCCGGACGGCACUAUACGUGACUUUGGCCCGAACCUGGCUCCUCGACAUUGGCAUCCUUAUGGUACUACUAGUGUACUGGUCGCAAGCACACGCGAAUCAGUGUUGGGAAACUUCGUUCGGUCAGGAGGCGUACCGGCUGGUGUUGCUAGACUCCGUCAUAUCUUUGCUUGUGUUGCCACUAUUUGAGUUCACUAGAGGCUUAAUUUAUAAAUGGAGCAAGGUAGGCAGUCCUCCUGAAUUCAACCUGGCGUACAAUUCUCUGACGCUGAUGUACAACCAGGCCGUGGUAUGGAUGGGCGCCAUGUUUGCUCCCCCGCUGGUGCUGGGGGUGACCUUGAAGCUGUUGCUGCUCUUCUACGUCAAACGGGAGGUGGCGCGGAGGGCCUGCCAUCCUGCUAGGAAGGCAAGUAUUGGCAGAGGAGCAAAGAUACAAUGACAUUUAAUCAUGAGAUUUGUUUCUUCUUGCCAAGAGCCAAAGUAACACAUGAUCAUUUGUAAUUGUUUAGUUUCACCCACAGUAAUCAAAUAAUCCUGACCU